UGCCGAGGAGGAAAAAAUUAGGACAUUCUCAAAUUAUUCUUUCUAAGGCAUUACUUAUUAGAAAAAUAUUUACUAGAACAAAUUCGACGUACGUGGCACCUUGCAGGAAAAGCCAUAUAGGAAGCCCGCUUCAUCAAGGAGAAACGAGCAUCGGAUAUUUGGGAACAAAAAUGAGGUUGAUACUGUUUCUUGGAGUUGUCUUGAAAUUUCUCGUCCCGAUAGCUGAGGGACUAUAUUCCAGGAAUAUAAUAAAUUGUUCGUUCGUUCCUGAGAAUUUAUACAUCUCUGAAGUAAUGCCAAUAAAAUAUGAUGUUAAUAUCCUAAUAAAACCACAUCAAAGAAUAUUGUUAGGCUACGUGAAUAUUUUGAUUAAGGUCACGAAAUCAACAAACAACAUAACUCUACAUGCAGAACCGACAUAUAAUUACGAUGCAACGGAUAAUCCGUUUGGUGCACCUUAUAGUCUGACUGACUUCCAGUUUUGUACGAAAAAAGAGGUUCUAAUUCUGAAAUUUGACAAAACGAUAGAUGUAGGAAUGUAUCAAUUUAAAAUAACUUACAGAUCCGUUUUCACUAAAAGGAUGAAGAAAAUCUUUUAUUCAGCUAUAGAGACUCAUGAAAGUCGAAAUUGGAUGCUUACGAAUCUCUAUUCACCGAACGCGAUACGAACAUUGUUUCCAUGCUGGGACGACCCGAGAGUAAAAGCAACCUACAACAUCUCAAUCCGGGUUCCUGCAGACUACACGGUUCUUUCAAACAUACCCGAAAAGUCUUCUUUCUCUAUAAAAGCUCCAAUGCUUACACGAUUUGGCGUAAAAUUUAUGCAGUAUGAGGAAUUUGUCUCAAUGCCUACUCAUAUGAUAGCAUUUUUGAUAGUCAAUGAUAUUGCCCAGGAUUAUGAAGGACGCGACAUACAUUAUAUGUGGCACAAAACAGACGCGGAUAAAAAAUUCACUCACGUACUAGAAAUGGCCCAAAGAGUGACAUCCUUUUUUUCUCAGUUUAUGAAAUUAGGCUCGUCUUACUUCUUUUCAAAAAUUAACCAUGUCGUAUUUCCAAAUAGUCCUAUGAAGUCAAUGGGUGUACCCGGUCUUGUUGUUUACAGGGAAAGAGAUAUUGCGUUUGAUGAAGUUUUAAAUUUUCCGGGUCGGUCUCUUGAUGUUAUGACGUUAGUAACAUACGAAAUGGCACGUCAGUUGUUCGUCAGUGUUGUCAGUCCGCAAUCAAGAAUUGAUUAUAUAUGGUUGAACGAAAUAUUUGCAUCAUUUUACAACUAUUUUAUCAUAGAUAAGAUACAAUCAUCAGAUAGAUUAAUGGAAUUGUUUGUAGUUAAAUUUAUCCAGCCUGCUUUAAAUAACGACAUGCUCUUAGAAACAGAAGCUAUUAUACACAAGGCUAAGAACAGUGAUGGAAUUGAUGGAUUACUUUAUCCUCUCCUUUAUCAUAAGAAAGCUUUCGCUCUAAUUCGUAUGCUGUUCAAACUUUACAAUCCCGAAACUUUCAAAGAGGCUAUUAGGAAUUAUGUACACGCACGUGAAAAUGACGUGUGGACUAUAUUGGAAGAAGCUCAUUCUCUAAAAUUCGAAAGCGACUCUACGGUAAAACAAAUUAUGAAUACCUGGUUAACGACAAAACAUCACCCCGAAAUGUUCAUCCAACGUGAUUAUCAAAAAUGGAGUGCGGCUUGUAUUUCGUACAUGGCGCGUACAAUUGAAGGGAAUCCCAAAUGGAUAAUACCUGUUAAUUACAUUAUCGAAUCUAGUUACGAUUCCUAUAAUAUCUCGGAGGUUCUUUGGCUUAAAUGGGGUCAAGUGAAAAAUAUUACUGCCAUAAGUGGUGAUGAUUUUCUCAUAGUCAAUGCAGAACAAACGGGCUUCUAUCGUGUUAACUACGACAACAGAAAUUGGUUACUGAUAUGGUCUUACUUGCAAAAGAACAAUUUCUCACAUAUACCUCCCAUUAACCGCGCUCAACUCUUAAAUGAUGCGUAUUAUUUCACAAUAACUAGCCAGCUGGACCCUUAUAUCUUCACCAAUAUCACUAAGUAUCUAACGUUGGAUACAGAUUUUGUAGCAUGGUAUCCAAUGUUUAACAUUUUGUCGGAUAUGUCAAUUUAUUUUAAAUUCAAUGAGAGCAGAUAUAUGAGGGAACGCUUUUUGAAAAUACUAAGUGGAAUACUUACUAAAGUCAAAUACGAAGAAGUUUCAUCGGAAAAUAACAUGCAAAAAUCGUUUAGAUAUUUAGUGCGAAGGUGGGCCUGUAAACUUGGUCCCUCAGUAUGUCGACGUAACGCUUUUGAUCGUUUGAUGAUUUAUAUAAAUCAUCAAGAUGAACUAGAUAGAAUUCCGGCAAUUUCAAAAGAAUGGAUACUUUGUGAUGGGUUGAAAUUGGACGAUUUAAAUGUAUGGAAAAACAUUUUGAAUAAAAGUAUACAUUACAAUAAUAUGGAGCUCCUAGAAUAUUUGUCAUGUACCGAAAAUAGUUCCAUCAUCUUGGAAUAUUUAACUUUGAUGCUACGGUCAAAUUAUUUCUCCAAACUAGAACAAUCUAUGGAACCAAUAUGUCGUAAGAUUGUGAAAAAUCAUAUUAGGAAAAUUAUUGUGUUACGAUUUGUGAUCGACAAUUAUAGUGCAAUAGUAAGAAGGUUUGAUUUCCCUCCUGGUAUUUUACUAAGUGAUAUGAUUAUGAAUGUGUAUUCGUUAGACCAUCUCGACAUGAUACAAGAGUUUGCUACCAGUUUAUACUUCCCGAAUAUGGGAAUUUCAAUUCUUGUACAAUUACUGGAAUCAAUCAACUUGUUGAUUAGUCACCAGAAAAGAUAUCUAAUAGACGUUCUGUACAAGUUUAAAAUGUUUCAUAACUUAAAAUAACUGAAAAUGUUUAAAUGAGAUCGAGUUUAUAAUCUCCCGGAUCAAAUCAAUAUUAUAUAGAGUGAUCAAAAUAAUCACCAUACAAUUGCAGUAAUUAAGAACGAGCUUCCAAAAUGGCAAAUAAUUUUUAAAACUAAGAAUACGAAACUGUAGUAUAUAGUACCUGGCUUCCUAUAACACUGAGCAUUUAGAUGAGUCUUGUAUCUGACUUAAAAUAAGAUUGAUUAUUUUACUAUUUACCUUUUACUAUUACAUAGUGGAUGAAUAAUUGUUUAUUAGAUAUGUUGAAGGAGAUUUAUUUAGAAUGAGUAGAUAUAUUAGUGGAUAAAUUAAAAUUAUAGUAAAAAAGACUAGUACAUACAUGUUUCGUAACUACAGAACUAUGUAUUUACAUUGUACUGAAAAUGUUUUUUUGUUAUUAUUAUUUAAUAAAUUUUUCUGCAACAGCUCUUAGA